CCAAAAAAAAAAGAAUAAAGAAAAAAAGGAAAAAGAAAAAUAUUUUUGGACUAAGAUGGACUGAGAUACGAGUCGUCUUCUCUCUCCGCUCCACGCAUAUAGCUGCCUCCUCGCGCGGCGAUUCACCGGCUCCCGCUCCACGCUUCCGCCAUUGCCGGGGUGGGGGGAGGCGGCGGCGGCGGUCUCCACCUCGCGCCAUCUUCGCGAUUCCCAUCGCCCUCGGCAGCCAGGCCAGGCGCUUUGGUGAACUCCCAGCACCUUUGCUUUGGGUGAUCAGGAUGCAGGGGAGCGAGAGCGAUGGCGUUUCCGACAAGAUGAACCAGUUCAAAAGUGACAGCGACGACGAGUCAUUUGUGGAUAAAGAUAGCAGCAUGGGCAUCGCUCCUACUAGAGCAGUAGCAACGUUCAAGAAAGGUCCCUGGACACCAUCGGAGGAUGCCAUCUUAGAGGCAUAUGUCAAGAAGAAUGGCCAGAGAAACUGGAAGAAAUUGCAGAAUGAUACCGGCCUUUUGCGGUGCGGCAAGAGCUGCCGCCUCCGGUGGAUGAACCAUCUCAGGCCCACUCUGAAGAAGGGGGCUUUCACCAAGGAAGAGGAGAAUAAAAUCAUUAGGCUCCAUUACAAACUGGGGAAUAAGUGGGCUCAGAUGGCUACUUGUUUGCCAGGGCGUACUGAUAAUGAAAUAAAGAACUACUGGAAUACUCGAAGAAAGAAAUGCAAGAAUGUCCAUUCCCUUCUGUAUCCAGAUGAUGUAUGCCAAGAGGACUUGAAUGAAGAUCAAAAUGAGUCUACUGACUUCAGUUUUGGGGAGAAGCUGUCCAAUGAUCCGUUAUAUGUUCCUGGUUUUACUGAUCGCCUAGAAGAUACUAGUAUAUAUCAUGCACCCCAGCUUUCAGAUGCAUCCAUCAAUAAUAUACUUGGUCAGAAAUUUGUAUCAAAAGAUUAUGACUCCACAGAAGAUCAAAGAAACCGAAUAGAGGUUGCUACAGGAUUUGAGAUCCCACUUCCUAUGCUGAAUUCAACCAAAAACCAUACAUUUGCACCAGCUGCUUUGUUUGCCAGCCAUGGGUUUUCAAGUGGCCACUUCUCUGCUUCUAGAUCCAUAGCAGCUCCUUCGAAGUUGGAGCUCCCUUCAAUCCAAUUUGACGAAUUUCAUCCAAACAACCAGUCCAUGUACUCGAGGACUUCUGCGGUGCAACCUACCAACCUUGCUAAUGACUACAUGAAUUCCACAAUGUUGCCAACAACAUCUGAGCACAUGGCAUCAAGGAACAAUGAUCAAUCUGAAGAGCUACUUCAUAAAUCUCAUGCAUCAAACUGUGUGGUGAAAGAAGAGCUUUCUGCUAUGAGUUUGAGUUCCACUGUUAGCAUGCCAUGUGAUGCUAUGACAGAAUCUAGAGAGCUUGAUCUAUGUGAGGAAUAUCAGGAACAAGAUCCUGAUUACUCUCCUCUUGGUGAUAGUUUUUGCGACUCAUCUCUUUUUCCAGCAUCGCUAGAAGAGCUCCAGAAUUCUGAAGUAUAUUCCGCACAUACCUCCUCUAUGACUGGCUACAAUGAACAAGUAGUUCCAUGGUAUGAACGGGAUGUUUCACCAAUCCAAGAAGGUUUCAUGCUAGAUACACAGUUCUAUUUGGAUGAUAUCAAUCCAUCCAUCGUUGACUACCCUCCCCCAAGUGAAUAUAUGAUACAUGAAACUAGAGCCUCCAUCUUCCCCAAGUGACAUCAUGAUCGGCCUAUUGUAUGAACAUUCCAUGAUAAAGCUCAUGGCCAUCAGUUCUGUCGUUCUCGACAUGAAAACUUUGCCAUCUCUCAUAUUGGGAUUUCUAGUUUGGAUAUCGAGGGUGCUUGUUCUUCAUAUCAAAUUUACCGGCCUGUUGAUUAAUGAUUAUUUGAGCGUGCUACGUUGAGUUUCCUCCGUUGUUAUCCGUUCCCCUAUCGAAUUCAAGGAGUUUAAAAGAGUUUGUAUCACUGCAAUGUUCUACGAGCGAAUUCAGAGGCAAUCUCGCUUCAUGUUUAGGCAUGGUUGGUUCAUGGUUGUAUUGCAGUCACUUGGGUGACAGUUGUGUUGUGUGACGUGUGUCUCUGGUAUUGAUAAAAGUACUUCCUCGUUUUUUUAUAUGUUUGACGUAGUUGAUUUUUAGAUUUACGUUUAAUUAUUCGAUGUAUUCGAAAAAAUUAAUUAAUAUUAAUUUUGCUGUGAUAUAUUUUAUUA